AUGUCGGCAUACUUGUGCUAUGUUUAUGUGCGACUCGUUGCCCUUAUUGUUGGUGUUGUGGUCAACGCCUUUACCCUGUUCAUCAUCAUCUACAACGCCAAGCUUCGACACCAGCGCAACAUUUUCACAUUCAAUCUCGCUUUGGCUGACUUUGUUGCAGCCACUUGCGAGAUAUUGCGUGCAACUCUGAUCAGCGGCAAACUGAUCGACUGUACUCAGGUAAUCUUUCACUGCGCUAUCCUUGUGUCAGUGAUGAGCAUCCUGGCCGUCGCUUGCUCCCGCUUCAUCUCCAUCGCAUUCGAUCCGUUCGGAAGUCGCAACCUGGUCACCACCCGCCGCUGCGUCGUCGGCUGCAUCGUAAUGUGGAUCGCUACGGCACUGCCGCUUCUGAUACUGUUCUACUGCUCCACUGUCUACCGCGCCAUCUUGUUCACGAUGAUGCCCAUCAUCAUCUUGACCAGUCUGGGUGUCACGGCCUUCUGCUACUGCAUGACCUACAGGGACAUCGCUAGCGCGUCGGGGAAGCAGCAGGCCAUCGGCGGGACUGAUCAGAUCAAGGGACGAGUGAAGGAGAAUCGCAAGGUCCUCCUGACGUUCGCCGUUAUCACACUGACAAGCAGUGUAUGUUGGAUCGUGCACUGCUUCCACGAUAUCCUCCAGAUCUACGCCAUCUACUACGACAACAUCGACGCCGUCAGCAACAUCCUCGUCGCCCUCAACUUCGUCAUCGACCCGGUCAUCUACUGGUGGCGAUUGGACGAGUUCCGCGCCGUUCUCGUCAAGAUGAUGUGCAUGAGCGCGGUGGCGCGUCGUCUGAGGAAGGCCGGUGGUCGUGUGGAUGAUAGCUCGUCGUCGUCCUCACAAAGUACGAAGGUCUUCACCAUGGCCGACGAGUCAAAGAGGAUCGCCCCUCGGCUCUCUCCAACGCCAUCGAUUUCUGAGAUGUAAAAUUUCCCCACUCGCGUUUCCUGGUCAUCUGUUUCAAAUCGGAAAUCUAAAAGAAGAUGCUUCUUUUCAUUUACGACGCAAUCUAAAAUAUAAAAUGAUGGUUUAAUAACAGUCGCUUAUUUUCUUGUAAUUAUUGGGUCCAAACAAAGUACCUCUUAAAAAAAUAAAGGUCAAAAACUAUUUUGAGAGAUAUGAUUGAUUGGCAAAGCCCCAGCGGGGCCGGGGAAUUUUUGUUAAGUGGGGCACCUCAUAAAAAGAAACUUGAAAUGGGGAACUACCACCUUUGUCCAUUUUUAUGGCAUUUUAAUUCCAUAACAUUCUACUACUACCAAGUGUGAUUCUUGUAUUCCGUAGAUGCCAA